UGCAUGAUAUCAUCUAUACACAGUGGCCAUGUGACUCUCAGCAUUAAUAGCUGUUAUGAUUAGAUCACCGGUAGCUCAGAAAAUGUUGGCACGAGGCCCAUUUAUGUAACCUAUGUAAUAAUUCUCUCAGACCUUGGUGUCCUGGUACAAGCAGAGUUAAUGAAUGGUAAACAUGAUAAAUGUCAUUCACCCCACUUUCCACGGUCUCGUCGCUGCUGAACUGGAUAAGACUAAUGGCCUCCACGUGGCAGAGGGGUAACCCAGUGUGUGCAGUCCAGGGUCACUGUGUUUUGCUUACAGGUCAAAGUCUAUCACUAUAAAUAAGAGUCUGCAUAGUCUUUUGAGCUAGGAUAUAUCUGAGAAGACAUUCAAUUCUGUCUGUUAAUGCACUUAGUCAAGCAUGUAUUCAUCUGAGGAGGCUAAAAAGGAACGUUACUCUAGGAAAUUUAAGGAGGAGCGUUCCCACACCAUCCUAUUUCACAUCCUCAACAGUAAAGACAGCUGUUCUCUGGCGGCAGAUGGUUGGAGUUCUCUGACGCACAACUGUCACUGUAAGCAACGAAGACUGGUUUGUCUGAGGAACCCAGAGAGGACCUGCCAGGCAGCUACAGAAGUGUUGCUAAAAACCAUGUGUUUCAUGAAAAGCCUUCCUUCUUUUCACCACCUACCAGGUUUGGAUAAAUUUUUACUUCUUAGGAGCCACUGGGUGCCGCUCUUCCUACUGGGUCUUGCACAGGAGCGUAUAACUUUCGAGGUGGCAGACUUCCCCACGGCGAGCUUCCUUCGCAAGAUCUUGCUGCAUGACCAAAACACUGACAGUGAGCAGGAAACUGACGAUUUCCCACUGAACCUGGCAGCUGUGCAUAAUCUCAGAUCAUGCUUAGACAAACUCUGGAGGCUUGAGCUCACUCCUGAAGAAUAUGCAUACCUCAAGGGUACUAUAUUAUUCAAUCCAGACGCCCCUGAGCUGAUAAACUGCAAGCUCAUUGAGGGGCUUCAGAUGGAAGCUCAGCAACUUCUACAUCAAGUCAUUCAUAAAGUUCACCCAAAUGACCACAGUCGAUUGACAAGUGUUCUGCUAACAGCUUCCUCACUACACACAGUAACCCAAAACUUUGUGACAGAACUGUUUUUCAGACGUGUGAUUGGUCAGACAGACCUCCUAGAACUACUGACUGAGAUUCUUUUCAGUACAGGACUUUUUUGACCAAGAAGGAAUCCAUCACACAGUACUGUAUUUUGACUUGAACUCGAAUGCAGUUUGAGUGAUGUCCACUUCCUUCUUCACUAGUUUCAUUCAAAGUGAGUCGAGUUACAUUUUCCUUUGCUUCCAUUAUAUCACCAUCACGUGGAGCUUUCUUUUUCACGAUUUCAUACUGAAGUUGGAAGAAAUAAUUUUUUUUUUGUAUUAAUUUUGUAUUUUAUCCUGGACUACUUCUGCAUAAAACUUUCAGUACUCAUCAUGAUGAGGAGUAGCCAAAUUUCAGCUUCUCUUAGCCAUGUCAUCUUACAUGUGGAUAUAAUGAGGUGGUUUAUUACGACAGCAGUACAGGCUUGUAUAAUCUUAUACUAUCUUAAGUUGACGCCUUAUUUGUCCAUUCUGUUUUCUACACAUCUUUGAAUAAAUAGAAGAUUUUUUCAUGA